AUGGAGUUUACAACAACCACUGCUACAACCACUACUGCUGCUGAACAACAAGAAGACAUCAAUCAUCAACAUCCAUCGGAUGAUAGUCCUGUAGUUAGAACAACUAAAAUUGCUGACAAAAAACUUUAUCCCACUGUAACAGAUGAAAAUGUAGAAUUACAAAAAAGCAUGUUAAAUAAUUAUGUGGAUAAAAAUACAUUAUUUUUUAAUAAAUUCAAAAGAGAACGUCGAUUAACUGAGAAACUAUCCAAAGGUAUUGGUUAUCAUCUUGGACGAAGACGUCGUCUAUUGGAAAGUCGAAGAAGAAUGGCAGAUUUUGCUUUAGCAUUCAGUAUAUUCGGUAUAUUAGUAGCAUUUCUUGAUAUUGAAUUCAUCUCACGAUCAUUGUAUCAUAAAGUAAGUUGGGAUAACAUAGUUUUUUUUCCUUAUUAUAGAUGUCCUUCAUCAUGA